AUGAAGUGGUUAUACUCUGUUCUUGCUCUCUUCUCCGUCCAGGUCGCUCUCGCUGCCCCCCAACUGAAAAAGCGCACCAGCACUUCUGAGGCCUGCUCUGUUGGAUACUGUACCUUGAACGGCGGUACCACCGGCGGUGGAAGCGCUACUGCUGUUACGGUGUCUACCCUCGACGAUCUCGUUUCUGCUGUAGAAGGUGACGAUUCCAAGGUCGUCAUCAUCGAUGGUACCAUUACCGGUAGUGAGGCCGUCUCUGUCGGCUCGAACACGAGCGUCCUCGGAGCAUCCGGUGCCACUCUCAGCGGUGUCGGCCUUCGUGUCAAGGAUGUUUCGAACGUUAUCAUCCGUAAUGUCAAAAUCGAGAAGGUUUUGGCCGAUGCUGGUGACGCUAUCGGUGUCCAGGCUGCUUCUCAGGUGUGGAUCGACCACAACGAUCUCUCCAGCGACCAGGACCAUGACAAGGACUACUACGAUGGUCUCUUGGACAUCACCCACGGAUGCUACGGCGUCACCGUCAGCAACAACUACCUCCACGACCAUUGGAAGGCCUCCCUCGUCGGUCAUUCUGACAGCAACGGAGACGAAGAUGCUGCCCUCCGAGUGACGUACUUUGGUAACUUCUUCGAGAACCUGAACUCCCGUGGUCCCUCAUUCCGCUUCGGUGAGGGCCACAUCUUCAACAACUACUACAGCAGCAUGAAUGAUGGCAUCAACACGCGUGACGGUGCGGAGCUCUUGGUGGAGAACAACGUCUUUGUCGACUCUGACGAGGCUCUCUAUUCGACCGAUGAAGGCUACGCCGUCGCUUCCGGCAACGACUUUGGUGACUCCGAGAACACUGCUGACACCGGCACUAUAUCCGCUUCAGACCUUGGCUACGACUACGACUUGAUUGACACUGACAGUGUCGCGUCUUCUGUCCAGUCUGAAGCCGGCCAGACAUUGUCCUUCUAA